GUGCCCCAUUGGAGCUGUGCUGAGGGGACAGGGCCCCACUGGAGCGGUGCCGAGGGGACAGUGCCCCAUUGGAGCUGUGCUGAGGGGACAGGGCCCCACUGGAGCGGUGCCGAGGGACAGGAGCCCUCCCCAGGGGCGCAGGGGCCGUGAGAGGUGAGAGCCCGAGUGUGGGCACGGGCGAGGGCUGGCGCUGAGUGACCUGUGCCCCUGAGCCUCCCACUCUGUGCCGGGGAGCGGGGAAAUGGGAAAUAGCAGUUGCGAGCUUUACUUUGUGCUUCGAGUGUAUUCAGUUUUCUGCUGUGAAAGCCUUUGCUUUCUGCGCGUCAUAUUUGUGAAUUCAGUGCUAAGCGAUUCCAAGUUGUGAAUUCUUGUGGAAAUUUCAGGCACAUUAGCUGUGUUACAUCUCUGCUGUGGCUGGGGUUUACUUGAUCCAGUCUUAGUCCCACUGUAGUGGGAACACCCUGGCAUGCCAGUAAUGUUUCAUUUAUUGAUUCGUGGAACACCAAUAUGUGUUAACAUACACUGUCUUGUUAUACAGCAUUAAAUCAAAAUGUCAUCAUCAUCACAAUCAUCCUUAUCUUUACCUGUACAUGACUGUCCUGCUCCUUCAUUGGACUUUGAUCUUCAGGAACAAAAUAUUCUUCUUCACACUGUUGAGUUAAACAGUAAAAACAUCGACACUUGGAUGCAGGAGCUAAGUGAAACUGAAAUUAAGAAUACUAAUCUCAGGAAAAAAAUACUUGAAAAGGAGAAACAGAUUAAAGAACUUUCAUCCAUGCUUCAGUGUGAAAAAAUCAACGUACAGAAAGGAGACCACCUGUCAAGAUCAGUACAGGAAGUACAAGCUCACUUGCAGCGUCAGAUUAAAAGAAAAGAAGCAGAAAAUGAUGAAUUAAAAGUCAGAAUACAGACUCUAGAAAAUAAACUAGCAGAGUGGAAACAUCAAAUUGGUGAAUACAAGGGCCAGAAGUUAGCCUUAAAGGAAGCAAGCGAGCAGAAGAAAAUUGCCCUGGAAAAGGCAGUAAGGUCCCAGAAGCAAAGAGCUCAACACUUAGAAGAAGCUGUGAAAGAUGUAACCUCUAAAAUAAGAGAACAUGAAGUCAAACUGUGUGAAAUACUGUCAGCCUCUGAUGUCUGGAAAAACCAGCACGAUAGAAUAGUUGAAGAAAAGACAAUGUUAGAAGUUCAAGUAGAAGAUCUUGAGAAGCAGAUCAAAGGCCUGAUGGAAGACAUGGAAAGAAGGGAGGAAUGGAGAAGAAAUUCCCAUGAGGAAAUUCUUGGAAAGCUAAAUUCUGUUAACUCUGAAAAUGAAAAGAUUCACCUUGAAAACAAAAAAUUAGAGGCUUCCCUUGCUACAUUGGAGAAAAGGACACUGUCUGUUGAAUAUGAGUUGCUACAUCUGCAAGAAAAAGCAAAGCUGCAGGAAAACCUUGUGGAACAGCAUAAAAAUGAGGUACGAAAAACACAAAUUGCAGUAGAAGAAUUGAAAUCCAGAUAUGAAGCAGUCUUAAAUGAAAACAAAAAAAUAAGAGAAUACAAACACUUAGAAGCAGAUAAGGUGAGGGACAAAAUGGAGGCUGAGUUAAAGGAGUUAGAACAUGUUUGUGACUUGCUGAAAGCAGCUGAGGAAAACCAGCAAAAGCUUCUGUUCUGGGAAAGGAUCUGUGCACAGAAAUGCAAAACCCUUGGGGAGCUGGAGCUUCAGCCUGGAAAUGGAUUUUCCUUGACUAUUUUUUUCUCUGAUGACAAUUUGAAUGGCAGGGAUAACUAUAGUGUAACUUCCACUGGCAAUCUUUGCUUAGAAGAAGAGAUCUGUAACAUUCAAAAGAAAUAUGAAGAUCUUCAAAGGCAAUUAGGAGAGAUGGAACAUCAGAAUGAAGAACUUGCUUUUCAGCUCAGAAAAGAAGAUGAGAGUCUUCAGAGCAGUAAAUUGCAGCUUGAAGAGAAAAUGGCAGAAUAUAAUGCAUUAACCACACAACUUGAAGCUGCUUUGGAAGAAGGGAGAAAAAUGGUAACUGAAGAACAGAAAAAAAUGUCAUACAAAGAGCAAGCCUUUAAGACGAAACUGCUACUUCUUGAAGCUGAAGUGAGAAAGAGGCAAGAAGAAAAAAAACAACUCCUCUGCUUAUUUCACCAGAAUGAGAAGCAUCAUGAAGUACGUUUGAAAGAACUGGAGAACAGCCUACAGAAAUCAGAGAACAAGACCCAGAGCAUCCAGAAUUAUGUGCAGUUUUUGAAAGAUGCAUAUAUAACAAUGUUUGACUGAAUUAUUUAAUCUAUUUUAUAGCAAAGAAACUUGUCAAGAUUAGCUCCCAGCCUUGUUGGAGGCAAAGUUGUUGAGGCCUUGCACUAUUUUGACAGAUUAAAUUCCAUAAUGCUGAUUCUUCCCUAGGAAAACAUCUGUUGUGGGCAGGAGAAGCAGGUCAGUCAUUACCAUAUAUCCUACUGGCUGGUCACACGUGGGGAAUGGAGCUGAUAUUCCUUGUAUCAACCAUUGUGUUGGCCAUGACACAGCAGUGCAAAGGCCGAGUGCAUGCCUGCAGCAGCAGGUGUGUAUGUGCAGGCU